CCAUCGACCCCUUGCAACUAAUUGCUGUGCAGAUAAAGACGGUUUCAAUACCCAAAAGCUGAAAAAUACCCCAACUGCAUGCUUUGCCGCCCCCCAUAACUUAAUUGCCCUCCUCACCAAACCACCACUAAAAGUCUGGCACUUGUGAAAAAGUUCAGUUUUGGAAUGCCAUGGAGCUCAAGUCCACAACUGCCGCUUUCUUCCUUCUUUUCCUCCUGCUCUCCGCUCCUUAUUUCUCAAGAGGGGAAUUGGAUAUGUCUGAUAAGAAUCCAGAGAUUUAUGAAAUUGACUAUAGGGGUCCAGAGACCCACUCCUACAUUCCUCCACCAAACCGAUCCGGUGGGUUGCCCUUUAUUCAUGGAGAAAACCCCAGAGGUCACCGCAAAUCCAAGGGCUUAAAAGGGGGCAAAAUUGGAGAAAAUGCCCAAAAAACUCAUGGAUGAACAAGUUUUUUGGAGUCGGAGUGCUUUUUAUUUAUUUGGUUCAAGUUGCUACAGUAAAUUCUGUCUGUUUUCAGUAUGAUGGAUGUGUAGAUUGUGUACUACAGGAGUGGAACUGGCAAGACAAACUUAUGUUGUGUUUUUACCUAUAAUAACUUUUAUGUAAAUGAGGAUUGCAGGUUUUGUUGUUUGCAGUUUGAUUAUAUGUAAUUGUAUUAAUAAAGUUUAGGUUUAGAGUCAUAGAAUUA